UCCUCCACUCACCGUUGUCAAACAGCUCUGUGCCAGCUGUCACUAUUCAGGACGUGUGGUGUUCCCCCUCUUCACUGACCGAAGCAACUUUACCUCAUGGAGCCCCUCAUCAAACGUCAGAAUUCCCAGCGUUUGGGUCCCCACAUCAUGCCCACCAUGGAGAGGACCUACGCCCACAGUGUCGCCGGAGGAGCAGGGGGCCACGGGACCAGGAUAUCCACCACUGCCUUUAACAAACGGAUGGGUGGCAGCUUUGACUUUGACUACCAUUCUGGUCCUGGCAACUUCGUCAUGGGGAACGAGAAGGUGAACAUGCAGCACCUAAAUGACCGUCUGGCCAGCUACAUGGAAUCAGUGAGGAGCCUGGAGCAGACCAACAGCAAACUGGAGAUCAAGAUCAGGCAGGCCAUAGAGAAGAGAGGCCCUUCUGAGGAGAGGGACUAUGGCAAAUACAACGCCAUCAUUAUGGAGCUGAGGAGCAAAAUACUUGGCAUGACCAAGGGUAAUGCAGAGCUUGCCAUUGCAAAUGAUAACGCACGGCUCGCCGCAGACGACUUCAGAGUCAAGCUGGAAUAUGAGACGUCUAUGCGUCAGACGGUGGAGGCUGAUGUGGCCAGACUGAGGAAACUUCUGGAUGACACCAACAUAAUUCGUAUGCACCUGGAAAGUGACACUGAGUCUUUGAAAGAAGAGCUCAUCCUCCUGAGAAAGAACCACAAGACGGAUGUGGCUGAGCUGCGUGCCCAAAUCACCCAGGCUGGAGUACAGGUGGAUGUUGAUGCACCAAAAGGGCAGGAUCUGGCCAAGAUAAUGGAGGAGAUUAGAGCCAAGUAUGAGCGGAUAGCACUUAAGAACCAGGAGGAGCUUAAGGCAUGGCAUGAAUCUCAGAUCACACAAGUGCAGGUCCAGGCAACUGAGAACACAGCCGCCCUGAAAGAGGCAACCACUGAGCUAGGUGAAAUCAGGAGGAGGUAUCAGUCCCUGGAGAUUGAGCUGCAGUCCCAACUUAGCCUGAAAGCAUCUCUGGAGGCCACCCUGCACGACAUCGAAAUACGAUACAACAUGGAGUUGGAGAAGUACAACGAGAUCCUUCUGAGGCUGCAAGCAGAGCUGACCAAGAUCCGCGCCGACAUCCAGCAGCAAACACGCGACUAUGAGCUCCUGCUCAACAUCAAGAUGAAACUGGAGGCUGAGAUCGCCGAGUACAGGAGGCUGCUGGACGGUGGAGCAGAUUUCAAUCUUGAAGAUGCGGUCGAUUCAAAGAAGACGGUUCAGACCAAAGUGGUGACUGUCACCCAGACUCUUGUGAAUGGAAAAGUGGUGUCAGAAAGCAAGGACGUCAAAGCCAGUGAACAAGUUGUCGAUGCCUGAAAGCUUUGAGAGAUGAAGGAAAAAAAUAAAAGAGCAAGACGGCCUUUGUAACGAAAUAAAAUAAAAAAAACGUAAUGGAAA